UGAAGGAAAAUGAGAACAUUUCCCACAUCAGUAUAUCCUUUCAUUAUUAAUAAUUGCAUUGCUUCUAAUAUUAUAAAGCAGUUAUGAGUAUUAAUAUUUAGCAGUUUAUCACAUAGUUUUGAAAUUAGUUUUGUUUAUGAUUGGUCUUAUUUGUUGUGCAUGAUCAAAGCUUAUAUAUGAAUCCAUUGCAUUUGACUCUAAAAGGUCAUGUCUGCAGAUUUUGGAGGCUUGCAGUCUUGUGUGGUAUGUAUGUAUGUGUGUUUUUUAACUUUUGCUUUGCAGAGACACCUGGGGAGAAAAACAGGAUGUCGGGGCGACAGGGUGAACUAAAGGUCAAUGUUGUUUAUAGCAGCAUGAACUUCUAAGACAGAAGUAAAACUUUCCAUCGAACGGGCCCCCACCCAACUACACAUAUAUAUUUUUGGGGUCAGAGGGAAAGGCAGAUCAGAUCAACCGCUCCUCGGGGGACCUGAUUCUGCAUUGGUGUUGUGUAAAGAUAGGGACAGUUUUGACCCAGAGCUCUGUAAUACUUCAUUUGAGAUACUUAUUAAAAAUAAUUUGAUUUGAGUUACGUGUCUAUUCUCCUCAUUCAAAGAACAUGCAGGACAUUUAAAGUCCAACAAUUGGUGACCCCGUCGACGUGAUGAGGAGAAUCCGACAUCAUUGAUUUUUCUUCUCGACAUUCCACUUGCGCAAAAUAGGAAAGGUAAGCAGAUACCUGUUAUAUCAAAAUUCUGCUUUAUUUAAAUGUCGUGAAGAAUAAUUAAUGUUAUAAUGAUUAUUGUCAUUUUUAUCUAAAUUGCAUAUCUCAAAUGAACUAUUAAAUGUGUCAAUAAAAUAAAAAGGGAAUUAACAGUAAUAAAAUUAAAAUAAAACAAAAUAAAAUAAAAAUAGUAAAAGAAAAGAAAAUAUAAAAAGGGGGCUCGACGUUGGCAACGCUAGCCCCGACGGGGGCUUAAAUUUCUGGGUUUCCACUCCCGAAGACGUAGCUCAUCUUCAAAAGGGCAGGGUGCAGACCCGGAGCGUGGUCAAGGACCAUGGGCGGAUUAGCCGCGGAUGAUACAGAGCGGUUGGACCGCGGUAAAUAGAGAUUGAAGUGGGUUUCAUACCCGAGAAAGUGGUCAGGGACCACGGGCAACGCAGCGGUCGGACCGCAUAAGAGAAACUGAAAGUAAUAAGAAAACCACGAAGUAGUUGAAAAUACGAAGAGAAUAUCGAUAUAUGAAAAAGUUGUGCUAAAGAAUAGGAAUUUGAAACGUACUGAAGACUAUACACCAUGGGUCCUUAUUUUUAAAUGUGCUGUUUGUUUGCUACCGGUAUAUUAUCAGCUUUAUUGUGAGUAUAUUUUAAUUAAAAAAAAUUCUUUAAAGUAAUAUUUUUUUAUUUUUGCUGCCAGUAAAUUGCAAUUCAGUGUUAUCUUUUUACGAAAUAUUUUUGCUAUUAUUCAGUUCCACGAUUAGUACAUUUUUAUUCAAUUUUCUAUUUUUCCUAUUAACAAAGUUUUUACUUAAUCUUAUAUCUUAGGUUUUAAUUACAUUUUUUAUUUUUCUUAUUCAAUUUUAUUAUCAGUAAUUUUUUACUUAAUUGUAUAUCUUAAAUUUUAAUUCAUUUUUCUAUUUCUACGAAGACAUUUUAUUUUGAGUGAGAUGUAUGAUCAGUAAAUUUCAAUUCAGUUUUUAUGUGUUCAAUUAGUAAUCGUUUACUGUAAGUGAAUUUGGAAUAAAAUUUCUAGUUUUAAAAGCCGUCGGAUUCUGUCUUUAGAAAAUUUAUUGUGGUUGCAAUUUACUGUCAGCAAAUUUUAACUCAAUUUGUAGAAAAGCAUAUUUUAUAUCCUGUGUAUAUUAUAUUUUACUAUUGUGUUUAUUUGGGGGAUUGUGUUUAGUAUAACUUUCAUUUGCACGGUACAAGUUUAGACGGAUCCAGUUGUAUUUUUGUUUUAUUAAUGUGAAUGUGUGAUUCUCCGGAGUUGUCUAGUGUUAUUUCAUGUUUAAAGGAGUAGACGUUUCUGCAGUAUAUUUUAUGUUUAUUGUAUUUUAGUGUGGAUGUCCAUUUUCUUAUUUCAUUCCGGGGUGUGACUCGGGAAGAAAGAGUGGUUUAUUUGUAGUUGAUUUUAAAGUAAAUUGAAAUUGAGAAUUGAUUUCUGUGAGUUUAUUACCAGAAGAGAUUGUUUCAUAUUUAACAGAUUCUAAAAUAAGGAAGAGGAAACUGUGAACUUCUCAGCUCGUAGCGUAAUUUAGUUUCACUUUAGAAGUUGUGCUCUUAUUCUGUUGUUUGUCCGCUACGGGGCUGUAGUUUUACUUUCAUUUUGGAAAAAUAAAAUUGAAGUAGUUAUAUAUUAUAGAGUAUCUGUGGUAAAAAGGACAAGAGACAUAAAGUGUUGAAGUGUAAAAGAUUAAAACGGUUACUUAUAUCUAAUAGUUUUGAUUGCAGUAAUGGGACAGGGUUUAAUAAAAAUCAACCGACUCUGUUUGAAACUCAGCCAUGGUUAUCAUAAAAGUAUACAGUGCCUGUGAAUUGAUUGAGACGCGUAUUGUAUAAAUUGUUUUGACUUCUAAUAAGAAUAUUGUAACUUUUAGGAAAAACGUUAGAAUAUUAGUGAGAUCAGUAAAGAGAUUAGAGAAGUGCUCAUUGUUUUAUGGAAAUUGGUAUUUCAACGAGUGAUAAGAAUGAAAUGUUAUUGAUUGAAUUGAAUUUUUUAAUUUAACAAGUGUUAAAUAUCAUUACAUUUUUGGGGCUUUGACAGAUUUUAAAUUUCAAAUUUGACCAGUAUUAUAUAAUGAAUUUAGUUUGAAUUUUGACAAGAAUUACAUAUUACUGGAUUGAAUUAGCUUUACGUUUUGACAACGCCUUGAAUCCUCUUUAACCGUCAUCGACUGAUGUGUUGAAUAUUAUUAUAUUUUAAUUUCAAUAAGAAGUUAACAUUACUGAAUUUUAUCGUCUGACAAGUAUUAAAUAUUAUUAAAGUGAACUUUAAUUUUGAUAAAGAGGUGAUUAUUAUUCAUUUGACUAAGAAAACACAGAAAAUAAUUUUGUGAGAGUCUUUUGUGUAUUUACAGAAGGACUGGCAUCGAAUAACAUUGAAAGGAAGAAUAAACGAGAUAUUCAGGGUAAGAAAAAUUGUAGUGGAAGAUAAAAUGAAGACUCUUAAAGAACAGUGGGAGGCAGCAGUAGAACAGUUAGUGAGCGGUUUACCAGAAAAAGCAAGGCUCAAGAAAAUUAAGAAAUUGCAGGAAAUGUAUGAAGAGUGGAAACAACUUAAAGGUUACGAGGAUAGAACAAAAAUAAGUUUGAAAGAACAUGUAAUAGCACAAGAAAGUGACGCACACAGGAAGUUUCAGAGAGAGGACAAAAAGGAAGUGGGGCUUCUCGCUAGAAAGAAGCAUGAAAAGGAAGUGAAGAGACUACGUGAGGAGUUUCACUUGUGGCAUAGUAUGGCAGUAAGUUGUGUGGCUUUGGUACAGCUGGAGAAAGAGACAGAAAAGAAAGUGGAACUAAAAAAGAGUGACGUUAAAGAGAAGGAAACAAACAAAAUUCAAGAAGGGAGGGAGAUAGCAUCCAUUUAUCCAGUACUGCCACCCACUGCUCCACCUCCAUAUGCCCCACCCCACACACAGUUACCGGUACUUGAAGUACAAAAGGGUGUGUUGGACAUGGAGCAGAGGGAGGGAAAUCGCUGGAAAAUAAAAUCAGGUAAAUGAGAUUUAAUAACAGAAAAUGAGAUGGAGGAGAGAGAGAUAGCAAGAGAAACAGCUGAAUCAAUGAGAACACAUAAAGAGCAAGCUGCACAGGCAGAACAGAGGAUGGCAGCUCUGGAAAAGGAAAUAAGGCAACAAUGGAACAGCGUAGCACAGGAAAGGGCAUUUCAGCCCAGAGCACAAAGCACCCCAGGAGAAACAUUGAGCAGCAGAUUUAUAACAGUGGAUGAGACUGGGAGUCAGAUAGAGGUUGAAAAUCAGGGAACAUAUCCAGUGGAAAUCAGAGGAGAAAUGAGGAUGGGUAAGAAAAUGAGAGAGGAGAGCAAAUAUAACUCCAGUAUAAAGACACCAAAGAAAGAGCAGGAAAGAGAAGAACAGGAAUAUAGGGAACUAGGUCUCAUUCGAGGGAUACCAAAUAUGUGCCCACUAGUGGACACAAAUGGAAACUUAGAAUAUAAACCAUGGUCAUUCACAGACAUGGGAGCUAUCCUUGCAAAGUUACCUCAUAUCACGAGUGGAGGGGGUAAAUGGAUAGGGAAGGUAAUAACUUUGACGCAGGGCCAUACGUUGGCAAUAGGAGACCUGAGGGCGUUAUUGGGCCAGGUACUGACUGUAGGACAGAUCACGGAAAUUGAGCAAGAGGCAGGAACGGUUGGGAUAUAUGAUGACCACCCAUAUUGUCAAGUGGCAUCAGUUUGGGGAAAGGCCCUGCGAAAGCUGUACCCAGCGCCAGCAGGCACUCUUUAUAAUAUCAAAUUUUCUCCAAAAGGGGAAGAAACAGCAGCAGCAUACCUGAGUCGAUGCAAAGGAGAAUGGGAGGAGCACACUGGGGCUCAUCCACAUGCAGACAAAAUACAAGAACAAAUGUUCAGAGCUGCUGUAUUGGAAGGAACUUCUAAAUCUGUACAAGAUGAAAUAAAAGCCAACCCCGAUUUACCAGGUGCUGUAUGUGAGGUUUGGGAACGACAUUUCCUUCAUCACAUGUCAAGGGCGAACGAAAAAGAAAAAGUAGGGGAAGUAGAGGAAUUGAAAAAACAGUUGCUAAAAUUACAGUUGCAUGAGGCCAGAUCUAAAAUAAAUGAAGAAAAAGGGAAAAAGAAGGAUAAACAAAUGGUAGUUCAGGAAAUGAAAACCCCUCCAAGAUUUAACAAAGAACAGGAAGCUGACCAAUCAAAUGUUAAAUGGGAAAGAACCACCCAAAGACCAAUGUAUUACUCCAAUAGAGGUAGGGGUGGGGAUUACAAUCGAGGGAGGGGAAGAGUACAGUAUCAAGACGGGUGUUUCCGUUGUGGUCGUCCGGGACACUUCUUUCGUGAGUGUCGGCAACCUGUUAGCGGACCCCAACAGAGACCAUACCGGGGCAGAGGCCAUAACACACACAUGGCCCCUAACGUGGAAAAAGCACCACGACCACACUCCCAGUACCCUUUGUCCACUGGAGGGGAAGGGGAGUGGUACUGAGACAGCCCACGGAACGACCUCAGCAGGGUUAGGGCGGAACCCUUGCUGACUUUGGAGGUGAACUCACAUCCUGUUGAAUUCCUGGUGGAUAAUGGGGCAACAUACUCCACACUGAACUAUGAACUUCCAAAAAAAUCUUAUUUCAGACAAAACCACCGAUGUAAGGGGGUUUUCCGGGGCUAUAACUAGACUGCCAUUCUCCAAAGAACUCACAGUGCAGUGCAUGAAAAAACAAUCACUGACUCACUCUUUUCUGCUGUCAUAUUUCUCACCGACAAAUUUGUUGGGAAGAGACUUGCUAGUGAAACUUGGAGCUGAAAUCCUAUGCAGCCCGGAGGGGAUUAUAGUAACUAUGAAAAAUGGUAUCACCAUGAACUGUUCCAUCAUGACCACAAUGAGAACGCAUGGACAAUGGUUACUUUCUGCAAACACCUCUCCACAGGGAGCUGACAUUUACUGGGGGAGGGUGCUUCUGGGGGACACAAGGGACACCCUGAAUGAUCUGUACUGUCAAUGGGAACCUUGGAUAUUAUCAUUAGCACCAUAAACUCAGCUAAUAGAUCCAUUGCAUGUCACUUUGUUUUAUGAUAGAACACAAGAGUACUGGUACCAAGAACAAUUUGAUAACAUCGCAGGAGAACAAUGGGAAAUUUGUGGGGCAGGAAUAAUGAUAGGCAAAGAGGGAGUGGCAGCUAUAGUAGAACUUACCCCCGAACAGGAACAAUGGUAUAGAAUGAGGGAAGAGGCAUCACCCCAUAUAUCAUUAUUAGUACAUCCCCAACACCAAGCUAAAGAUCUAGGACCAAUGGUAAAGAAGGGAAUAAAUUUAACAGAUUGGAGGGAAACCCAACUUCCUGGUGUAAAAUAUUCACCUAGCUCAGGGUAUUAUUUGAUCACACAAGAAACAAAAACAAUGUAGUGUUGGAACACGAAUGGCUCACAAGAUGGCAUGGUAGGGAUAAAAGUGAUCAUGAAAAUGAUGAAACAAUGUUGAAAAGUUUGCCCGAUCAGUUAUGAACACAGAAUCCCACAGAUGUAGGGUUUUGUAAAAAUUUCCCAGAAAUAUCGUUCGAGCUGACAUGUGAUGAUCCAAUUUUGGAGGCCUCAAUAAAAGUACAAACCAAAGGCAGAGGAAGGUAUCAAAUAUAACAUUAAAGGUUUGUUAACCGCAGGGGUUUUAGAGUAUGCUGAUUUCAAUUGGAACACACCCAUUUUGCCUGUGGAAAAACAAAACAUAGGAAAAUUCAGAAUGGCACACGAUUUGAGAACAAUCAAUCAAAUCAUUAAAACUCCAACUUUACCUGUUCCAAACCCAUACACUUCUCUGAAUUAAAUCACUCAAAAUCAAUCAUGGUAUAAUUGCAUCGAUCUCACUAAUGCUUUCUUCUGUUUACCUCUUGCAGAGCACGUGAGGGACAUUGUUUGACCGUACUCACCGCGCACUCUGUUGUAACUUAUGUUAAUUAAUCAUCAUUUAUAAUUUCCACUCUGAGACAAAGACGGUUGGAAAACAGUCUGCACAACUAAAUUUGGUUUUCACACAUGAGGGCAUAAACAUGGCCUCAUAUUGGACAGAAGGAGAACCCCAUGACUGUUGUAUGACCGUGGAAAGGGAAGAGAAAAUUAGACCAGAUUUGUUGACACACAUCAUUACGGAGAGAGUUAUGGUGUUUUCAGAUGGAUGUUUUUUCAGAGAUUAGAGUGGAACACUGAGGUCAGGAAUAGGUAUUGCAGCACUGGAAGAGGAAGAGAUUCAAAUAUUGAGAGCAGAACCUUUACAGGGACAUCAGUCAGCUCAGAGAGCAUAAAUUGUGGCAAUGACAAAGGCUUUGGAGUGGGGAGAGGGAAAAUAAUUAACAUUUUUAGUGACUCUGCCUAUGAAGUGGGUGCAGUAGUAACAGAAUUACCUAAGUGAAAAAGAUGUGUUUUUAUGGCAGCUAACAACAUAACUAUUAAACAUCAGGAAGACAUCAUAGCAUUAGCAGCAGCUAUUUUGAGACCCAAGUAGGUGGCGAUCAUAAAGUGCAAAGGUAAUGAUAACAGUAACUCAGAUGCAGCACAAGGUAACCGGAUAGCGGACAUGGCAGUAAAGAUAGGUGCAGAGUAUGUAACACAGAUGGUAUUGCAGAAUGCCACACAAGAAUGUACCACCGACAUUUUGCAUGAUCCAAACAUAGCAGUAGAACAAGAUAAAGCAUGAGGAAAAAUCCAUGUGGCUCCAAAAAGGAGCUGUAUGGACGCAAACUGGCUGGGUAGGGCAUGACGGUAGACCAGUAAUUCUGCCCAGCAUGGUAAAACCCCUUCUCGCUCAAGCACACACCCCCUCACAUGUUGGAAUCAAACAACCCGUGUCCAAUCUUAACCAGUGGUGGCACCAAUACCUGGCUGCUACAGUUAAAGAAUUUAUCGCUAACUGCAGGGUAUGCUCCAUACACAAUGUACGUGCUGGAGUGAAAUGUGCCCCAGGUGUCUUCCCGCCACGGGGACCUGGUGAGGAAGUGGUUAUCGAUUACACAGACAUGGGGGACAGAGUGGAAGGUAAACGGUAUCUUUUGGUUUUCGUGGAUGUGUUUUCAGGUUGGCCAGAGGCGUGGCCCACGGGGAAGGAAGAUUUGAUUUCGGUGAUUAAGUGUUUGAUUAACCAAUAAAUUCCGCGUCACGGUUUUCCACGAAUUAUUAGCUCAGACAACGGUACACAUUUUAAGAAUAUAGAUUUGCAAAAGGUUGAGAGUGCACUGGGAUUGUGCUUCCGUUUCGGUACCGUAUAACAUCCUCAAUCACAGGGAAAAGUUAAACGCAUGAAUCUUAACCGCAUGACCUCAUUUACACCAUUUGAACUUCUGAUGGUAGUUCAUUUCCUGGUCCGUUCAACCCAGUGCACCCUGAACAAAUAAAAAUCUCGAUCACAGAACAUAAUUAACCAAACUGAAUGAAAUUGUUUUAAGUUUUUCCAAACAGAAAACCAUCUCUCGUGCAUAUCCAGAUGCAGAAAUCACUCUAUUGGAGGAUUGGGUGCUCCUAAGGG